AAAAUGCACAUUACAUAAACCAUCGCUGCGUGAAUCGCGUCAGAAAUGUCAAAGAGAAGAAUUACAAAUUCACGAAACCAUCAGUAAAUCAAAUCCGAAAAUAAAAUCUGACGAAACCGUAAUCAAAUCGAAGCAGCGAAAAAAUGGCGACACCCGUUUACGUCGAGGAGGAACUUGGUAGGAAAUGGGACCGUUGCGUGUCCGACGCCGCCCUUAAAUUCGGUGGUGGAAUCGUUUUGGGCUCGAUAUUCUCGUUGCUGUUCUUCAAGAGAAGAAGGUGGCCAAUUCUGAUGGGCGGCGGCUUCGGCAUCGGCAUGGCAUAUUCCAACUGCGAGAAAGACCUCAAUGCUACACUGAAAACUCCACCAACUCCAACCAAGAAGUGUUAGUGCAAAUCUGAUUGUUAAUAGUAUUUACUGCCUUUAGAUUAAUAUGAUUUUUUAACUUAUCUAACUAACUUAUUGGAAGAACAACGGGGAGAUUGCUAACUUAUACAGUUAUUUUAUCAAUGGUAAUAAAUAAAUCGAUAUUAAACAUUUCCAUCUUAUUGUUUAUUGUUAGUUAUGUACAUAUUCUUAUACACAAAUACACGUUUAUGUUUUAAA